AGGGAACACGAAACCUGAAAAUUCUUCGUGAAAGUCGACACUAAUAAGAAAAAUAAUCGUCUCCACUGCGUUUCUUGGGUUUCAUUCGUGAAAAUGGCAUUCUGCGUGUCGGCCAAAUUGUUCCCCCCGCAUUCAAACCUGCAUUUACUCUCUUUCUUUCUCCCUCAUUUUCUCAUUUAAUUUAAUCCCCCAUUAACCUAUGUCCGGAUCUGUUUGAAAUUCUUCGUGAGUAUACGUACUAUUUUUCUUUUUUAAUUAUGAAUGCAUAUAAAUAAAUAAAUCCAAUUCAAUUCUGUGUUAGUUCUAUUUAAUUUACCCAGCUUAGCUUACAAAUUAAAUCAAGAUCACAGCGGCGGGUCAAUCGAGCUUUCAGCAAUGUCCUUCCCACUCUCCCCUUCUCUCCCUAACUUCGAUGAACAGGAGGAAACGGCGGGAUAUGAAUUUGCGGUUCGUAUCUUUGUUUACACCUCUGUUCUUGGUCGUGAUAUUCGUGAUGGUGUUGGCGCUGAUGCUGAAACUGAUUGGAUUUAUGGACGACGGCGGAGGAGGAGGAGGAGACGGCGGCGCGACGGAGAGCAGCCGGCUGCUCCCGAAGGAGGCGAUUCCGAUCGUUUACGGGGCGUGUGGCGGCGGGGAGGGGGAGGACGACGCGGAGGCCGGGGACUGCGGCGGCGGCGGCCGGAGCAACUCGCCGGAGGAGUUGUACGAGGGGAAUAAGAUAUGUGCGAUUUGCUAUGACCAUAAACGCUGCUGCUUCUUUGUUCCAUGUGGUCACUUUGCCACUUGCUUACAUUGUGCCAAGAGGUUUGCCCUCCUCACUUCUUUCCCAUUUCAACACUUGGAAAAUAAUUUCUUUUGGUGGGUACAAACUUUAAUUAGUGUCCCAAAAUAAUUGACUUCAUUUCUGUUUAUUUAUGUGUUUUUUUAAUGAUUACGCGUUUUCGAUGUAAUUUUGAAAUAUUUAAUUCAUAUUUUUUUAUUCGUAUGCAAAUUUAUAAAUAAAAUAAUUUUUAAAGAUUAAAAUUUUGCACAUUUUUUUUUAAAAUAAGGAUCAUUUUCGGGCUUAACUAAGCAUCGUAAAUGUUCCAAAAGAGGGCAAUGCAGUGAUAGCCAAAAUAACAAAGCACUGUAGGCCUAAUUGAAAAGAACCAAAGUGUACAAAAUGUCUUUUUGAAAUGAUGGGAAAUUCAAAAUUUAGAAUCAUUUUGAAUAUUUUUUUAUUUUUUAUUUAGAAAAUGUAGGUAUAUAGGAAUAAUUCACCAAAUUUAAUAAUUGUAGGCAUGCAAUAAUUUAUUUAACAUGUUAUUAUUGUGAUAAAUAAUGUGGGGGGGGGGGGAGCAGGAUAAGUGAAGGAGAAGCCAAGAUUUGUCCAUUUUGCAGAACAGACAUUCACAUGAUAAGAAGGUUGUUCAGUCUGUGAACCCCACCUACAUUUGGCAUGGAUGGAUGGAUGGAUGUCCUUUCAUUUCUUUGUAUAUUCAAUUUGUAUAUUUCCAAUCUUUACAAGAACUGAGGUUCUUCUAUUUUUUCUUGUACUAACAAAUAUAGUUAUCUAUGUUGAAAAAAAAAGUUACAUUCUCCCUCCAUUGAAACUUUCAUGGGUUA